AGGAUAGCUUCAUCAUCAGUUACACAACACUGCAGUUGUGUUUGAGGACCCAUUACAACCAGCAUCAUUCAUCAUUAUGCUCUUCCUUAACUAUUCAUGUUCUGCCAUUCACAUUUCAUCUUCUUCUUCAUUCUCCUCAAACCCCAAAAACAACAAUAACAACAACCUUAAUCACCACAAACCCACUUCCCUUUCAAAUCCCAACAACAACAACAACAACAAUAACUCCAUUUCUGAUGAUAAUAAUGAUGUUUCCAUCAAAUUCAAAGCCCCAACACCUCCAUGGAUGAAGGGUUCUCUUCUUCUCCAACCCAAAGAGCUUCUCAAUUUCACUUCACACUCAAAUUCAAAAGUAGAACAAAAACGUGACCUUUCAGAUAAAUCUUUAACUGGUAAAGAAGUUAGAGGCAAAAAAGCUUUGAAGAAAAUAGCCCACAAAGUUGAAAGGCUUCACAAGACUGAUACUCAAAUGGGUUCUGAAAAAGUUGAAAACUUUGGGUCUUGUUUGGAAGGUUUGAUGGAGAGUGAUGAAGUUGUGACAAAAGGAAGAUUGCCAUGGGAGAAAGAUGAGAAGAUUGAUUUUUUGAGGGUAAAAAAGGAAAAAAUUGUUACUUGUGCUGAUUUGAAACUUGAUAAGGUGUUGCUUCAAAGGUUGAGGAGUGAGGCUGCAAAAAUGAGAAUUUGGGUCAAGGUUAAGAAAGCUGGUGUUACACAAGAUGUUGUGAAGGAAAUUAAAAGGACUUGGAGGACAAAUGAACUUGCUAUGGUUAAAUUUGAUAUCCCUUUAUGUCAAAAUAUGGAUAGAGCUAGAGAAAUUGUUGAGACAAAGACUGGAGGCUUGGUUGUAUGGACUAAGAAGGAUGCUCUUGUGGUUUACAGAGGAUGCAACUAUCAGUUAACCUCUAAAGAUUCUUCAAAGAUUUAUACCGGUAAUAUUCCUAGUCAAAGAACAAAUUCUUAUGAAACGAACAAGGUGAAAUCAGUCACCAAAGGUGAUCUUUACCGGGUUGAAUCUGACCAAAGUACAAGUGAGACACCGAGCAGGAAUGCUGAUCAUAAGGAUUCUCAAUCAACUGACGUCCAUGAUACGAAUUACCAACCGACUGGUGGAUCAUUGUAUGAGAGGGAAUGUGAUAGAUUAUUGGAUGGCUUAGGACCUCGCUUCAUUGAUUGGUGGAUGCACAAACCGCUUCCGGUAGAUGCUGACUUACUUCCAGAAGUGGUUCCUGGAUUUAAGCCUCCAUUUAGGCUUUGUCUACCUGAUGCUGGUGUAAAACUCACUGAUGGUGAACUAACAUACUACAGGAAGAUUUCUCACCCUUUACCAACUCAUUUUGUCCUUGGAAGAAACAGAGGACUUCAAGGCUUAGCAGCUGCUAUCUUAAAGCUGUGGCACAAGAGUCAUGUAGCAAAAAUUGCUAUCAAGCCUGGAGUUCCAAAUACUGACAAUGAAACAAUGGCCAAUGAACUGAAGCGUCUCACCGGAGGAGUUCUAUUGUUACGCAACAAGUUCUAUAUAUUACUCUAUAGGGGAAAAGAUUUCCUUCCAAGUAGAGUUGCAGCUUUGGUAGAAAAGAGAGAAUCAGAGCUUAAAACUAGUCAACUUCACGAAGAAGUUGCACGGAUGAAAGCAAUUCAAGCCUUUUCUUCUAUCUAUGAGUUGCCACUGCCACAAGAUACGAGUACAAGUGGAACUUUAACAGAAUUUAGGAACAUCCAAAAUAAGCACGAGGAUAUAAAAGAAGCCAAUGUAGAUUUAAACAUUUCACUGGAAGCAGAAAUAUAUAGAUUGGAGAAGGAAUUGAAAGUGCAACAGCAUAAAGCUUUCCUUCUUAACAAGAAAAUAGAAAGAUCAGCAAUGGAGUUAUCAAAGUUAAAUGCUGCAUGGAAACCUGCUGGGCAGGAUAUAGACUUGGAAAUAAUGACUGAUGAGGAGAGAGAAUGUUUCCGAAAGAUGGGGUUGAAGAUGAGAAGUUGUCUAGUUCUUGGAAGGCGAGGAGUCUUCGAUGGUGUAUUGGAAGGACUACAUCAGCAUUGGAAACACAGAGAAGUAGCAAAGGUUAUUACGAUGCAAAGACUAAUCAGUCGAGUCAUCUACACUUCACAAUUUUUGGAGAGAGAGAGCGGCGGAGUUUUAGUUUCAGUUGAUAAACUAAAAGAAGGCUAUGCUAUUAUUAUUUACCGUGGUAAAAACUAUAGUCGGCCUUCAGAAAAGAUAGCGAAAAAUCUUCUAACCAAAAGAAAAGCAUUGCAAAGGUCUCUUGAAAUGCAGAGAAUUGGAGUAAGUGAUUUGCUUUCUUUUGCAUUCAUCAUUCUCCUAGUUUUGUUUGAAAAUCCACAUCUUAUGUCCUUUAUAUGUAUUUUUCAACAAUUACAUUUCACCUCCUAUUCAAGACUGAUUUGGCUACCGUUGUUUCAGUCGUUGAAGUUUUUUGCUCAUCAGAGAGAGAAGACAAUCUCUGAUUUGAAGGUGAAACUGGAAGCCCUGCAGCACAGGAAGGAAAUUGAGGCAAGAGAAUAUGAAAAUUAAUGUAUGCAUGUUUAAGACUUGUAUCAAGCCUCAACUUCCGCAUAUCCACGAUUGAUGAGAUAAGACAUAUGAAAAAUUCAAGCCUCGGUGAGCAUUGAGCGACGUGUUUUGGCAGUAAGCUUUCAGUAUAGGAGCAUUGUAAAAAUUUCUUGUUUGAGCUCAAAUGUGUAAACAAGUUUUUUUUUUCUCCUAUAUUAAUUUGAAGUCAAUCAUUUACCAUCACUAUUUUCAUGAGCUUAUUCUUAGAGGAGGCGAGGUAAAUGUAUACCGGUAUGUAGAUAUGUUAAUAGAUCAAAGGGUACAGUACACUACCAGGCACAAGUGUAGAUAUGUUUUUUUCUGUGCUUUUGUACGCCCGACCCAUGUUAAAAUACUGGACCAGUGUGCCGAUCCGGUAGCCUGGCCUAUUUUGACAGGUCGCGAGUCAUUCAUAACCACUGUAUUGAUUUUACUCAACUAUUCUAUAAUAUCAAUUCUGUAGUCUACACUUGUUCUAGGAUGAUCAAGGAUAAUGUUUUUGUUUUUCUAGUUUUACGCAAUGCUAAACUACAAUCUUUAGAUGGAAA